AUGACUGUUCUCAGUGUAAACCCAGUGCCUCCGGAUGAGAUCUUUGCCCUCAACCGUGCAUACAUCGACGACGACUACCCACAAAAGGUCAACCUUGGUGUUGGUGUUUACCGAACCAGCGAGGGCCAGCCAUGGCCUCUACCGGUCGUGCAAGAAGCAGAGAAGCAACUCGCAGCAGAAAACAACCUCUUUCGCCAUGAAUAUACAGCCAUUGAAGGCGACAGGGCAUUUCUCCCUAUUGCGCGUGACCUCAUGUUCGGCUUCGAUUCUCAAUCCACCUCAGAGGAACAAGAAGCAACCAAGUCACGCAUUGGAACCGUGCAGACAGUUGCAGGUACCGGCGCAAACCACCUAGGUGCCCUCUUCCUCGCAACGCACAUGAAGCCCAAAACCGUCUGGCUCUCCAACCCCUCCUGGGCAAACCACCUCACAAUUUGGGAACUUGCCGGCGUCCCGCGCAAAACAUACCCCUACUAUUCUGCCGCUACCCGCUCUUUCGACUUCGAUGGCAUGAUGUCAACCCUUGAAUCCGAGGCCCAAGAAGGCGACGUCGUCCUCCUCCACGCCUGCGCCCACAACCCCACGGGUCUAGACCCCAACAAGGAACAAUGGAAAUACAUUAUCGACCUCUGUGAGCGCAAGGGAAUCUUCCCCUUCUUUGACUCCGCCUACCAGGGCUUCGCGUCCGGGUCUGUAGACGAAGAUGCAUGGGCCGUGCGCUACGUCCUCAACGAGAAACCUCAGAUGGAAAUGUGCGUUGCGCAAAGUUUCUCCAAGAACUUUGGCCUCUACGGCCAGCGCGUCGGUGCAUUUCACUACGUCCUUAACGAGGGCUCCCAAGACAUCCGCGAUACUGUCGUCAACAACCUCUGCCAUCUCAUUCGAGGCGAGUUCUCCAUGGGCCCAACAGCCGGGUGUAGUCUUGUCAAGAAGAUCCUCACAAGCCCUGAGCUUACUGCGCAAUGGCACGGGGACCUCAAGGUCAUGAGUUCACGCAUCAUCUCUAUGCGGAAAGCCCUAUACGAUGAAUUAGUUCGGCUCGGGACCCCCGGCACUUGGAAACAUAUUGUUGAACAGAACGGGAUGUUCUCCUACACCGGCCUUACCCCCUCACAGGUCUAUGCGCUCAAAGACAAGUAUCAUGUCUACCUUAUCAAAUCCGGCAGAGCCUCCAUCAGCGGAUUGAGCCCUAAAAACGUCAACUACGUUGCCAGAGCAAUCGACGAGGUCGUACGCAACAUUAGCUGA